UCAGGGGAACCAACCCUUAAACCUCACGGAGACAGGGAGGCGUGCCCUCAGUACGAAAGUCCCCAUUGGCUUUACUGCUUGCUGAAGGGUGGGUUGGUGCAGCCGCUCUUGUUACUUAUUGGUCUGGUGAUUCCAUGGGGUGGGACUUGGCUGGGCCUAAACUCCAUCCGCAGUCCCCGACCGGUUUCAGGGCGAAGCUGCCAUGCGUUCCGGGGGCCGCGGGCGGCCCCGGCUACGGCUUGGGGAACGCGGCCUUUUGGAGCCACCCUCACCAACCAAGCGCCGCCUGCUACCGCGGGCGCAGCUGUUGCCCCUGCUGUUGCUGGCGCUGGCGGUGGCCUCGGUGUUCUAUACCAUUUGGAGCGGCUGGCACCGCCAGACUGAGGAGCUACCUCUGGGCCGGGAGAUGCGGGGUCCGGGGCUCGGAAGCCUCCCCGAAGCCGGGCUUCGGAGGGUGGUGGGGCGACUGGACCCGCACCGUCUCUGGCACACUUAUCUGCGCCCCCUGCUGGUUGUGCGGACCCCGGGCAGUCCGGGCAAUCUCCAAGUCAGAAAGUUCCUGGAGGCCACACUGAGGACCCUAAGGGCAGGCUGGCAUGUGGAACUAGACCCCUUCACAGCCUCGACACCCCUGGGGCCACUGGACUUUGGCAACGUGGUAGCCACACUGGACCCAGGGGCUGCCCGUCACCUCACCCUCGCCUGCCAUUACGACUCCAAGCUCUUCCCAUCUGGGUCAGCGCCCUUUGUGGGGGCCACGGAUUCCGCUGUGCCUUGCGCUCUGCUACUGGAACUGGCCCAGGCCCUCGACCUGGAGCUGAGCAGAGCCAAGGAGCAGGCAGCCUCAGUGACCCUGCAGCUGCUCUUCUUGGAUGGCGAAGAGGCCCUGAGGGAGUGGGGACCCAAGGACUCCCUCUAUGGCUCCCGGCAUCUGGCCCAGCUCAUGGAGUCUGCGCCCCACAGCCCCGGCUUCACCAGGAUCCAGGCUAUUGAGCUCUUUAUGCUUCUUGAUCUCCUGGGCGCCCCCAACCCGACCUUCUACAGUCACUUCCCUCGCACGGCCCGCUGGUUCCAUCAGCUGAGGAGCAUUGAGAAGCGCCUGCACCGUUUGAACCUACUGCAGUCUCAUCCUCGGGAAGUGAUGUACUUCCAGCCUGGGGAGCCCCCUGGCUCCGUGGAAGACGACCACAUCCCCUUCCUCCGCCGAGGAGUCCCCGUACUCCACCUCAUCUCCAUGCCCUUCCCCUCGGUCUGGCACACGUCUGAAGACUCUGAGGGCAACCUGCACCCACCUACGGUACACAACCUGAGCCGCAUCCUCGCUGUGUUCCUGGCAGAAUACCUGGGGCUCUAGCCUGCCUGGCUGACUCCGAGGGAGAAGCGCCCAGCAGGGGACGUGCUAAGAGCCCCUGGAACCGAGGAGCUGAGGCCAGGCCCGCCUGGGGCGAGCCAGCCUGUCCUUUUUAACACCUUUGGCUCUGCCUGUGCUCUGACUGGAAGGCCCUCUUUCCUUUGACUCUCUCAAGCUGCCACUCGUCAAAGAUAUGGACAAGGCCUACAUGACUGGGGUGAGAGCCAGUGGAGUGCGGGCUCAGCCCUUGCCCCAGGGGAAACCGCUUGGGCUGAGCUGAAGGUUUUCAGGGGCCAAAUGCCAUUCUCAGUUUUAAUCAGCAAACCAUGGACCGGCAUCUGGACCAGCAGGACUUCCAACCAAAUGACUUCUCUGUGGCUUUUGCUUUCAUGGCAGUGGUUCUCCCAGAAUGGCAGCUUUGCUACUGCACCAGUUCUAUGCUAACUCCCACAUGGACAGACCAUGUGGGGGCCCAGGGCAUGUGCUUAUAAGCACAAAGCAGAUGGAAGCCAAUACUUGGGAACUCCAUUCUGUCAGAUGCAAGGGGCAAUAAACCAGUGUUUCUGCAAAACA